UUUUUUGUCACUUAUAUUGCGUUAUAUUAUAUGCUAAGUCAUGUCUUUAAAAACCUAUAUAACUAAGAAAAAAAAGGCUAGUGAGCCUAAGAAAAAGAAAAAGAAAACAAAAAAGUCUAUAAAAUCUAAAAAGCUUAUGCCAUCAGAAUUGAAAAGUGAGGAGGGGCCUAAAAAAAAAAGUCAUCUGAAGAAAGUUUCUCUCAACCUCGUUUUAGAUGAAAGUGUUAUAAAGAAAUUUCGAGAAGAUAAUGUUAUAACAGUGGAGUCCGAUUAUUCUUAUACACCAGUAGUUACUUUUAAACUUGCACAAUCUUUAUUUUCUAAAGAAUUAUUACAGACUUGUAGAGAUUUCAAAAAACCGAGCCCUAUACAAGCCGAGGUGUGGCCGGUAAGCUUUACCGGAAAAGACGUUAUUGGCAUUGCGGUGACUGGCUCUGGUAAGACGUUGGCAUUUGCUUUAACUUCUGUAAGGCGACUUCAAGCAAGAAAAUCGGAGAAGAAAUUUUAUAAAAAUAGUCCUAUUGUGCUAAUUCUUGCGCCAACAAGGGAGCUUGCCAGCCAGAUUCAUGAAGUUUUCGAAGAAAUUUCUACUUAUGUGAAGGACGUACGUUGUGUUUGUAUCUAUGGAGGAGUUUCUAAGAUGCAGCAAGUAGGAAGUAUGAGUCAAUCUUUUAACAUUAUGGUGGCCACUCCUGGUCGUUUAUUGGGAUUGGUAGAAUCUGGUAACAUAUUAUUAUCGAGAACGUCCAUACUUGUUCUAGAUGAAGCCGACAGAAUGUUAGAUAAAGGAUUUGAGCCAGAUAUACGUAAAGUUAUUUCCCAUUUAAAAAAUAAAAGACAAAUUCUUAUGUUUAGUGCAACUUGGCCUAACGAAGUUCAGCUUCUCGCUAAAGACUUUUUGCGAAAUCCCGUCAAGAUCACAAUUGGCGGUCGAGCAUUAAUGGCAAACCCGUGCGUGACGCAACACGUGGAAGUCCUUCUGCCCCCACAAAAACGCCUCCGACUUUUGCAACUCCUUAAAAAACUUCAUACCGGGAAAAACCGUAUCUUAAUUUUCGUUCUUUACAAAAAAGAAGUUCCUCAAGUGGCGCAGUUCCUUCAGUCCAACGGUUAUGCUGUUUGUGCGGUUCAUGGUGAUAUGCCGCAGCCCGCCCGCACUAGCUCCGUUAACAGUUUUAAAAGAGGGAAGAUCCCCAUUUUAAUUGCCACCGACGUGUGUUCACGUGGUCUUGACAUCCCUAAAGUCGAGUUUGUAAUAAACUAUACAUUCCCCCUGACGGUGGAAGAUUAUGUUCAUCGCAUCGGGAGGACAGGAAGAGCGGGAGAAGACGGAGUGGCCUACACUUUUUUUACAGAUUAUGAUAAACAUCUUGGAGGCGCGCUUUGCGACCUUUUAAAAAGCGCCCAUCAGGAAAUUCCGGCCGCUCUUGAAAAGUUUUUAUAUGCACCUACUAAAGCUAAACGUCAUAAACUUUACGGUCAUAUUGUAAACGACUCGCUGCCUUUGAAAGCGCCCACAAGAAUUCUGUUUGAGGACUAAUCACAG